UCUAUUCUUUGCUUUGCUAAGGAAUGACUCGAGCAUAGAGGUACCUGUUCCUGCUUCUCUCUCCCUGCUCACGCAGAGCUGGUGUCCAGCCGCCGCCGGGUGCCCUCCGAGGCCGUCGACCGGAAGUCACCGCGCCGGGCUAAGCAGGGAAGCGAGGCUGCCUGUUGAACCUUCGAGCCAGGCCGGCCUCGCCGUCGGCGAUGGCUCGCUCGCCGGGGACGGGGGCGAUGUGCCCCGAUUGUCUGGAGCGGCGCAUCCGAUCCGACCUCGCUGGUUCCGGACUUUCCUUCGUCCACGGCGUCUCUGACUCCCCGCUCCCCUUCGCCUCCUCCGCUGUCGUCCAGAUGGCAUCUGAUGGAUCCGACCAAUGUAUUGGGAGCCAGAAGACCUGUGGUUAUUUUGUGUUGGUGGUACUAAAUGGUGGUAAGACAUAUGUGGAUACAAAAAAAUGUGAAAACAACCCAUUGGAGCAAUCACUCAUAUUUAAAGAUGAUAAUCAUUGUGCUGUGCAAGCAGAUUCCUCUCCUGGUAUUGAACAUGUUGGAGAUCUUCAAAGUUCUUCUAGCUCGAAUAAUCAGCAACUAACUGUAAACAUAAUCACCAAGUUAACUCCUGUUUACUAUCUGGGCAGAGUCGCCACUACAGAAAUUAGAGAUCUUAUGGCAAGUUAUAUGAAUUUAUCCAUUGAACAGGAUGUGAUUAAUUCACUAAAUCUGUUGUGUGAAAACACCAUUAGUGGACCAGCUGGUUUAGGUUUUCUCAGUUUUGUUGGAUUUUCAGCAUUUGAUGAUAUACAUCCUUCUGGGCUUGUGAGACACCCCAACAUCUUACCUGUGUUAGCUGUUGUAGAAUCAUCUGAUUGUUGCUACAUGUUUCAACCAAAGGCUCCAUACACUUUGGAGAACAUCAUGCACUACAGUCCAGAGGCAUUGUGCUCAGAUUGGCACAUCAGAUUUUUCAUCUACCAAAUAAUGUCUGCAUUGGCAUAUCUUCAUGAUUUUGGAGUUCAUCACGGCAAUCUGAAACCAUCAACCAUUUUGAUGUCAGAUUCUCUAUGGCCUUAUCUCAGCAUAAGUGAUAUAUCUCAUGUUAAACAGAACCGGGGUUUUGGGGGACCUGAAGGUUCAAUACUUAAUUCAUGCUGUGCUGAGGAGGAUUGUUCUUCCAGAUCCAUUUUUGCUAGUUUCAAUCUUCCAUCAUCCUUAGAUUGGUCUUCUCACUUCAAACGAUGGUGGACGGGUGAGUUGAGCAAUUAUGAGUACCUUCUUGUCUUGAACAAGUUAGCUGGUAGGAGAUGGGGUGAUCCAGCUUUUCAUCCGGUGAUGCCUUGGGUAAUAGAUUUCACAGUGAGGCCUGACGAAAAUUCUGACAUUGGCUGGAGAGACCUCACCAAAAGUAAAUGGCGGUUGGCAAAGGGCGAUGAACAAUUGGAUUUUACUUACUCAUCAUCUGAUGUUCCAUAUCAUGUUUCUGAUGAGUGUCUCUCAGAGCUAGCAGUUUGCAGUUACAAAGCAAGAAGGCUAUCAAAGACCAUCUUGAGGUCAGCUGUCCGCUCUGUCUACGAGCCCAACGAAUACCCAUCUAGUAUGCAAAGGCUUUAUCAAUGGACUCCAGAUGAAUGCAUCCCAGAGUUCUAUAGCGAUCCCUGGAUUUUUGUCUCUCUUCAUUCUGAAAUGAGUAAUUUGGCUUUGCCUUCCUGGGUGACCUCUUCAGAGGAAUUCAUUUGUCUUCACAGGGAUGCCUUAGAGAGUGACCGAGUCUCACAACAACUGCAUCAUUGGAUUGAUAUAACCUUUGGCUAUAAACUUGCUGGGGAGGCAUCUGUUGAAGCUAAGAAUGUCAUGUUGCCUCCCAGUGAUCCAUCAAGGCCUAAAUCAAUUGGGCGACGGCAGCUUUUUACAAAGCCACAUCCUAAGCGUCUUAUUAGCACACCUCACUCAGCCUACCACAAUAAAGUGGAAUCUUGUGCAAGAUGCCAAAGAAAAGGAAGUAACUCAACUACUGAUGUAUUGUUAAAUGACUGUAAUCCCCCAAAUAUGUUUUCACAAGUUGAUUAUUUGGAAGAGUUUGAACAAGCAACAUUAUUUAUGGAGCUUCAACAUCAUUUGAAUCCAAUAUACAGUUACUCUAACACUGCUGCUUGUUGUUGUUCAUCAGUCAAAUAUCUCAAGAGACAAUUUUCAGAUCAGGAGGUAUUGCAACCUGAUAGUGUAUUAUCGGUGGUGCCUGAUUUUGAUUUUGGCUCCUAUCUUGAAUGCUUUGAGUCUGAUGAUAGUUCUUCUAUUGGUUAUCAAGAGCUGUUGCGCUGGAAGCAAAGGUCUUGUUCUGUUAUUGAGCAUCAUGCAAAUGAUAUAUUUUCAAUAGGGUGCAUCUUAGCAGAAAUCUAUCUGCACAGACCACUUUUUGAUGCUUCCUUGCUAGCUGCAUAUAAAGAAACUGGUAUGCUGCCAGGAGCACUCCAUGAAUUGCCUGUUCAUGUCCGUUUGCUUGUUGAGUCAUGCAUCCAAAGGCAAUGGGAAAGGAGGCCGUGUUCAAAGCAUCUUCUGGAGUCACCAUAUUUUCCUCCAUCAGUUCGAUCCGCAUAUAUGUUUCUUGCUCCACUUCAACUUCUGUGUACAUCUGGAGACCGCCUGAAGUAUGUUACUAAGCUUGCAAGUGAAGGGACACUUAAAGCCAUGGGAGAAUUUGCUGCUGAAGUGUGUGCACCUUACUGCCUACCUUUUGUUUCAUCAUCUCGGUUGGAUGUUGACACCGAGUCUUGCUUGCGUCUGCUUAAAGAGUUUUUGAAGUGCUUGAGUGUCCAAGCAGCUAAGAAACAUAUUCUGCCCAUCAUUCAGAAAAUCUUACAGGUACCAGAAUAUUCCCAUCUGAAGGUUUCUCUCCUUCAAGAUUCUUUUGUCCGAGAGUUAUGGAAAAAAUUGGGAAAACAAACUUAUAUUGAGAAGGUGCAUCCGUUGGUCAUAGCAAACUUACACAAUUCACCUAACAAGAUCACUGCAUCUUCUGCAUCCAUUGUUUUAAUUGGUUCAAGUGAGGAACUAGGAAUACCAAUCACUGUUCAUCAGACAGUUUUACCACUAAUCCACUCUUUCGGCAAAGGUUUAUGUGAUGACGGAAUUGAAACUUUGGUCAGGAUAGGUGGACUUCUUGGGGAAAGUUUUAUUGUCAAGCAAAUUCUCCCCUUGCUGAGGAAUGUUAUACAUUUUUGUAUCGACUCCUCCAAGGUGACUAAGCCAGAACCACAGCAGAGUUGGAACUCUUUUGCUCUGAUUGAUGGCUUAUCUGCGUUGGAAGGCCUUGUAUCAGUUCUUCCUGUUAAGGCAGUUCUCAGGGAGCUUCUCCAGGACCAAGUCUGUCUUCAUAUAAAGAUUCUUAUGCUGAUCCAUUUGGACCUUGAUGUGAUUCAGGUGGCAGCUACUGCAUUUGUUGACCUUUGUCUACGAAUUGGACCAGAUAAUACUGUCAUACAUGUUUUGCCACAUCUAAAAGAGCUUUUUGCUGAAUUGGCCUUUUUUCAAGACUCUUCUGCUGUUAGCCUUCCUACAAAAGGGUUAAAAAUCUCAGAAAGAAACAAAAGUGAGACGAUUAAAAUGGAAUCUAGAAUUGAUCUCGUGUUGUUGCUAUAUCCUUUCUUGGCAUCACUUGUUGGAAUAGAGAAGCUCCGUGAAUACUGCUCUACAUGGUUUCUAUUGGAGCAGUCUCUUCAAAGGUUGUACAAUUGGAAGUUUGAGCCUUCCAGUAAAUGUUCUAUAAGUGGUGAAAACAUGAAAACUCAAAGGUUUCAGCCUGGCAACGACACCUCGUCUGAGGUUGUUCCAACAGAACUUUUUAAUGGGGCAGGGUCGUCUGUGUCUCAAUCUCAAAUCCCUAAAACUGGUUGGAUGGCAGCUUCCAAGCACAGAUUUAGGCUCGAGCAUGGAACAUCUAGUGACAAUUUGUCUGCAUCAACUUCUGGAAAUCAGCCCUGGUUUUGGUUCCCUUCUCCUGACAGUAGUUGGGGCGUACCAGAUCUUCUUGGACGCAGUAGCGGUUUGAAGGAUGAACUUCCAUGGAAGAUCGAAGCUUCAGUCCUUUACUCAGCCCGUGCACACCCUGGGGCUCUGCGGUCAUUAGAAGUCCAUGAUGAUGAGUGCACGAUUUUUACUGGGGGAGUUGGACCUGGUUUUAAAGGAAGUAUACAGCGUUGGGAGUUGGCCAACAUGAAUUGCACAUCUGGAUAUUACGGGCAUGAAGAGGUUGUCAAUUCCAUCUGUAUCCUGUCAAUUACUGGAAAAGUAGCUUCUUGUGAUGGCACGAUUCAUAUUUGGAAUGGGCAGACAGGAAAGCUCAUAGCAGCUCAUACCGAGUCGUCAACAAGCUUUCCGCUGCAAACUGCAUCUGUUGAACAGGCAAACAUGCUUAAUCAGGACGCGCUCUCAGGUGGAAUAUUGUCGAAUGCAUUUCGUGGUAGCUUGUAUACGACCAUGCAUUACAUGGCAUCUGAAGAUAAACUUGUUGCUGGCAUGGGAAAUGGAUCUAUCAGAUUUAUUGAUAUCUCUCGGGAUCAGAAGCUGCAUUUAUGGAAGAGUGAUUCGGCUGAAAUCUCCUUCUCAUCACUCGUGUCAACUAUUUGCUCGUCUGGCUCAGACAAGCCGAGGAAUGGAAGCCUUGUGGCUUCAUCAUCCUGGAUUGCAGCAGGUCUAAGCUCUGGUUAUUGUCGAUUACUUGACGAGCGUAGUGGAAAAAUCAUUGCAGUUUGGCGAGCACAUGAUGGUCACAUUACGAAGUUGGCAUCACCAGAGGACCACUUGAUUGCAUCUAGCUCCCUUGACAAGACUCUUCGAAUUUGGGAUCUAAGAAGGAACCUAUCAGUCCAGUCAAACAUUUUCAGAAGCCAUUCAGAUGGCAUCUUUGACUUCUCUGUUUGGGGUCAAGACCUGUUAUCAGUGUCAAGAAACAAAAUUGCACUUACUUCCCUAUCGAGACCAACAAAUGAGAUCGGACAUCAGCAGCUCGUACUUCAGAACUUAUAUUCGACUGACAGAGGAGUAAAAUAUAAAAACAUGUCUGUUCUUUCGGCUAUUUCUGUGCUUCCUUUGUCAAGAUUGUUUGUCGUUGGAACAGAAGAUGGUUUUCUCAAAAUCUGCCACUAGAUGGUUCCAGUAGUGACCUACCUGACAUGGAUCAUGGGAGCUUAAAUGUGGGUGGUUGGGAAGUUGUGGAUGAAAAGUAAAUUGGAGCUUGGUUUCUGUUACGGUCCUGAUAUGAAUGCUCUCGUUUACUGCCUUCUCCUUGCAAUCCUCUGUAUGAGCCCCCACUAUACACCCAGCAUCAAAUAGUGUACAUAAGUUCAGCAUGUCAGGUCUAGCUUUAUGGUCUUAACUCAAGCUAGAAGUACACCAACAGAGUAAACAUGUAUGGUCCCAUGGAGAUCUGCGGUCCAUGUUUUGGUUUGACCGUAGCCAAAACCUUUGGAGCCACUGGCAUAGCUACGCUCACUGGCAGGUGGGUCCUGCCGCAAAGAAACACAAGUUAGGCUCACCUUUCAGUUUCAGUCACAGCCACCACAACGAUCAUGCACAGUACACUACACUAGCGGUUAUAAAAGAGGGGGAUGUGCAACUUGCUCUUGGCCAAACCAGAAGGUCAGCAAGCAAAAGCAGUAGCAACAAUGGAGAGGCGUAGCGGCAUGAGCGCGAGCCUUGUUCUUGGCCUCCUGCUCGUCACCACCGUUGCUUGCCAUGCUGCGAGGGACAUCCCAGCAACUGAGCCCGAGUCCUACCGUCCCCAGAACGUCUUUGGGUUUGGUGGCUUCUACCCUGGCCCGUCGGUCAACUGGGUGUUUCCGGGGCCAAACGGCGUCACACCACAGGUAGGGUUCGGCGGGAUGCCGGGCUCUAGCUCCUUCCCUGGCACUGGUGGCUCGUCCGGCAGCAGUGGCGUGGUCGGCAUUCAUGGUGCUGCCAAUCCCUGAUCGUGUUGUUGUCUGUCUUGGUGUCUAGAUGUUUAAGAUUUUGCUCUUUAGAGCUAUGCAGGUGCAGCAUUCUACCGUGGUGGUAGAGAGUAAGCUUCUUGCUUGCUCUAGUUUAGUAGUAUUGUGUUAUGGCUUAUGUGUUGUGUGUUGUUUACAAGUGAUCUGUGUCCUGUGUCUGUGUAAAAGACUUGUUCUUGGUUGUUAUUUAACCUUGUGUACUUCUUACAGGUUGUAUUGCUGUCGUGAGUUCGAAGUCCCAUUGCUGUAUCUUUGAUUUGGAGAGUGAGGAUUUGAACCCAUGAGCUGGAUCACCACAACCUUGUCCUGUGUUCCGUGUCUGUCUCUUUAAGUAUUUCCGUCAUUCUUCUCAGUGAGCUUUCAGUAUAUCUUGGUUCUUGUUUAUUUUCUGUGAGCAUUCAUGGGUUGGUUCAAAUUGCGGCAUCAUCUUUAGUUAUGAAUGGCUGGUUCUACUUAUCUACUACAAAUGCCAGUUGUAAUGGGAACCGUUGACGAACUUCUAAGUAAACUAACCACUACUUGUACUUA